GAGAGCGGCGGCACAGCGGAGCCGGGAGGGCGCGAAGGGAAGCGGACAAAGUUCUCGCGGCAACUUGUGGCGGCGGAGCGGCCCCGCAGCAGCAGGAGGAGGGGGACCAAGCACCGCGCCGGAGCCCCGCGCCGCUCAGCCACACCGGGCGGACUCUCAGCGCGGCGGCCGCAAGCACCGCGGGCCCGGCCCGCGCCGGGAGAGCUCUCCGCGCCCCGGCCUGAAGUAAGGCUCUGCUUUCCCCGUUCCCGCUCCCUGCGCGGCCGGGAGGGUUUGGGGUGGCGGAGCGGGGCGCAAGCGGCGGCCGGGCGGCUUCUCGGCUCUGCCGCAGCUCCCGGCGCCACUCCGCGGACUCUGUUCUAUGAGUGCAAAGAUGGAGCCUACUUUCUACGAGGAUGCCCUGAACGCCAGCUUCGUGCCGCCGGAGAGCGGCGGGUAUGGAUAUAAUAACGCCAAAGUGCUGAAGCAGAACAUGACGCUGAACCUGUCCGACCCAUCCAGCAACCUGAAGCCGCACCUGAGAAACAAGAACGCCGACAUCCUCACCUCCCCGGACGUGGGACUCUUGAAACUAGCCUCGCCUGAACUGGAGCGGCUCAUUAUCCAGUCCAGCAAUGGGUUAAUCACCACCACGCCGACCCCGACGCAGUUCCUCUGCCCCAAAAAUGUCACCGACGAGCAAGAAGGGUUCGCGGAAGGCUUCGUGAGAGCGCUGGCGGAACUGCACAACCAGAACACUAUGCCCAGCGUGACCUCCGCUGCUCAACCUGUGAACAGCGGCAUGGCACCUGUGUCCUCCAUGGCCGGCAACAGUAGUUUCAACACGAAUUUGCACAGCGAGCCCCCGGUGUACGCCAAUCUCAGCAACUUCAACCCCAACGCGCUCAACUCCGCACCUAACUACAACGCGAACAACAUGGGCUACGCACCCCAGCAUCACAUAAACCCCCAGAUGCCGGUGCAGCAUCCCAGGCUGCAGGCUUUGAAAGAAGAGCCUCAGACUGUACCUGAAAUGCCAGGGGAAACUCCUCCCCUGUCCCCUAUUGACAUGGAGUCACAGGAGAGAAUCAAAGCCGAGAGAAAACGCAUGAGAAACAGAAUUGCAGCAUCCAAAUGCCGGAAAAGGAAGUUGGAAAGGAUUGCCAGGUUGGAAGAAAAAGUGAAAACUUUGAAAGCCCAGAACUCAGAGCUGGCAUCCACUGCCAACAUGCUCAGAGAACAGGUUGCACAGCUUAAGCAGAAGGUCAUGAACCAUGUCAACAGCGGGUGCCAGCUAAUGCUAACACAGCAGUUGCAGACGUUUUGAAGAGACUGUCUUAAAUGAGAACUGUGAGAUUGUGGUAUAACUAAAACAAACAAAAAACAAACCCCACCAAAAGUGGCAGAUGCGUAAAGCUGAUGGCAAAAGCUGAAAGGCUGAGUCCUGCCUGUGCUCUGCAAAGCGCAUGUGUGGAAAGACUGGUGAGCCUUCAGCUCGAGAGAGCGGCCAGCACCACGCCGAGAAGUGCUGUUCCUGCUCCGGUGAGAUGUCAGAUCUUCGUUUAACAUUGACCAAGACCUGCAUGGACCUAACAUUCGAUGAUCAUUCAGUAUUAAAGGUUAAACUACAAUAGAAACUGUAGAUUGCUUUAUGUAGUAUUCCUUAAGAAACAAAACAAAACCAAGUGGGAGGGAGGUUUGUGGGAGGCUGAUAAACAACCCCAGAACUAUUCUGCCUGCCUUGAGUCAAUUGUGUAUGUACAGAUCCUUUUUUAUUUUAUUUUAUGAAAGUUGAUUAAUGUCAAUAAACUACUUCAUGACUUUGUAAGUUAUUUUUAUGUUGUUUAUUUGGGCACUGCCCAGUAUUGUUUGUAAAUAAGAGGCUUUUUUUUAGCACUCUGAGUUUACCAUUUGUAAUAAAGUAUAAUUUUUUAAUGUUUCUGUUUCUGGAAAAAAAAAUCUAGAAGGUUCUAUUAUAUUUAAGAAAAAAUAAAAGAAUUAAAAUGCA